AUGUCGUUGGAAGAUAUCCACAUGAACACCCAGGAUUUGCUUGAAAGAAAACAACUUGAUGCUGGAGGAUUUGGGACAAUCUCUUUGUGCUUCCACAAGAAACACGGAUAUGUGGUAUUAAAAACAGUGUACACAGGACCCACGCGCACUGAAUACAACGAUUCCCUCCUGGAAGAAGGCAGGAUUAUGCGCAAACUGCAGCACGAUCGUGUGGUCAAGCUACUAGGUAUUAUUUUGGAAGAUGGAAACUACUCACUUGUGAUGGAGUAUGUGAGCCGGGGAAACAUGAUGAAAGUGCUACAGAAACUCUGCCUGCCUUUGUCAGUGAAGGGGCGUUUUGUGCUGGAGAUCACAGAAGGAAUGCUUUAUCUGCACGAGCAAGGCUUCGUACACAAAGACCUGAAACCAGAAAACAUUCUUGUGGACACAGACUUCCACAUUAAGAUUGCAGAUCUUGGAGUUGCCUCCUUCAAGAAUUGGAGCCGGCUGACCCAAGAAGAGACUGUCAGACAGAAGCAGAUCAGGAGCAUGUGCCAGAACAAUGCUGGGACUCUUUUCUAUAUGGCUCCCGAGCAUUUGCGCUGUCUUAAUGUCAAACCUGUGGAGAAGUCUGAUGUUUAUAGCUUUGGCAUAGUGAUCUGGGCAAUUUUUGCUAACAAGGAGCCAUACGAAUAUGGCAUAAACGAAGCUCAUAUUUGCUUUGGCAUCAUGAAUGGAAACAGACCAGACAUGAAGGAGAUCACUGAUAAAUGUCCAGAGGAAAUUAUUGACUUAAUGAAGCAAUGCUGGGAGCAAGAGCCAGAGAAGCGGCCAACCUUUGCAGAAAUCAGUCAAAGAUACAAGCCAUUUUACUAUCAAAAUCUAGGACAAAAUAUUGAAGAUGAUCUGAAGGAGUUAAAAAAAAUAUGGCCUGAGCCAAAUGACGUGCUGGACAGGAUGCAGUCCCUUCAGAUCGAUGCUACUGCAGAGGAUGCCAGUAAUGGUCAAGUAGAUCAGCCUAAUUCUCUGCACAGCUCCCCAGGGCCCAUGACCAGUCAGGUUAGCGAUGCCCUGCUGCCUGUUUCCCUUGAGAACCAGCCUGUGGAGAGCUGCGAGACCUCUUUCAUCCCUGCUGAUAACCUAGAAAGAAAACUGCUGCGUGAAUUCAACUACCACGUGUCUGGGAGCUGGAUGGAUAAAGCAGCUCCACCUGUCAUGUACACCCCUGAAAUGAAAGAGGUAGAAAGGAGGAGAAGAGUUUCCCAUGAUCCAUUUGCAAAGUCAUCUCCUGCUCCUCAGUGGAGUGAACUGUAUCCAAGAGCUGAGAAAACAGGGUCAAACACUCAUCUGUAUUUUCAAGCCCUGUCAGACAGAAAACCAAAACGGGGAGGUGUGGACAUUUUGUAUGGGUCAAACCCCAACAGUCUGCUAGCAGGAAACACUGAGAGUCUCUAUGGAUUGGGUUCAGCCAGCACCUGCAGCCUAACCAAACCUCCUGUGCCUGAAUCCACCCCAGACCAGCCAUCACAGACCAGUUCAAACUGGUAUCCAAAGAAUGCAGAUGCAGAUACAGGUAACAAGGAAUCCAUUUCAUUCUCAAGGGGAACUUUUCCAUAUUAUUCUGCUGCAACCAGGGUGAACACAGAAGACUCAAUCAAGUACAACAUAAGCAACAGUUCUGGAAUUCAGAUUGGAUCCUACAAUCACAUGAAGAUUGAAGAGCAGAACCAACACAUCAGCACUUCUCCUGUUGCCACAGAAGUACCAUACAUGCAUUAUGAAGCACUGGGUGUAUUUGACAAUACCACUGUCCUGACUGAGAAACAUCUGAAUCUAGUGAGGGAGAAUCUGGCUAAGCAGUGGAAGCACUGUGCCCGGAAACUGGGCUUCUGUGAUCCCGAGAUCGAUGAAAUUGAUCACGACUACGAGCGAGAUGGACUGAAAGAGAAAGUGUACCAGAUGUUGCUCAAGUGGGGCAUGCGGGAGGGCUCCAAAGGCGCCACGGUCGGGAAGCUUGCCAAAGCCCUCUUUGGCUGCCAGAGACUGGAUCUCCUCACGAGUCUGAUGGAAAUCAAUGAGGAAUAAGUUGACUGAGAAGUGGGGUGAA